UUGUCGUGCUGUGAAACAGUCGUCGUUUGAACGCGACUGCUGACGGGUGAACGGUUGUUUGGACCGAAAUUUGUAAUCUGUUUUUACGUUUAUUAUCAUUAUUAUACAUACAUUCGCAUAUAUGUGUAUGUUUUCUUUGUGAUGGUGGUACGAAUUUUAUAAAUACCGAAUAUGUGCAUUUAAAACAAUUUGUUAUUUAGUUACAAUUUGGAGACGAAAUCUUUUAUUAACGCACAACCAAACACCCAUCAGUACCAGCGACAGCCCGGCUUGUGAAGCCUACGGCAGUAAGGCGCAGUUCUUGCUGUUUUUGCAGUUCUUUAUUAAUCACCCUGGAGAAUACGAGGUAUACACCUAUAACUAUACAACGAAAAAAAAUGACGCAACCGGAAUGGGGAAUAAAAUUUUCAAGGUUUUUCUUUGUGCCACAGCGCGUGAUCCUCUCGAUCAUGGGCUUCUUCGCCAUGCUUAACGCAUAUACGAUGCGUGUUUCUUUGUCGGUGGCUAUUACCGAGCUGGUGGUGAAGAAGAAUCAGACAGAUGAUGGCAGUGAUGUGGCCAUAUGUGCAGCCGAUAGCAUAGAUUCAGGAUCAAGCUCUAGCGGUAUAUACGAGUGGUCGGAGGAAUUACAGGGUUACAUCCUAUCAUCCUUCUACAUUGGUUACAUCGUGACGCAUAUACCUGGUGGUCUAUUGGCUGAGAAAUUUGGUGGUAAAUGGACGCUCAGUCUGGGUAUACUUUCAACGGCAUUCUUCACCGUGAUUACGCCACUUGCCAUUAUUCAUGGUGGCGCCAAUUGGCUCAUCGUUGUGCGUAUUUUGAUGGGUAUUGGUGAGGGUACCACUUUCCCGGCAUUGAGUGUACUCUUGGCCCAAUGGGUACCGGUGAAGGAGCGCGGCAAAUUGGGUGCACUCGUAUUGGGUGGUGGACAAGUGGGCACAAUUUUGGGUAAUCUUAUAUCUGGUCUAUUGCUAGAUGCUUACGACUGGCCUGUGGUAUUUUACUUCUUCGGUGGCAUCGGCAUUAUAUGGUUCAUUAUCUUCACAUUCCUCUGCUACAGCGAUCCGACAACACAUCCAUUCAUUAAGCCCAGCGAGAAGGAAUAUCUUACCAAGCAUAUGGGUACAAUUGGACGCAACAAGAAUCUGCCACCCACACCAUGGAAAGCUAUAUUGACCAGUUUGCCAAUGUGGGCAUUGAUUUCUGCACAAAUCGGUCACGAUUGGGGCUUCUAUAUUAUGGUUACAGAUUUGCCCAAAUACAUGUCCGACGUUUUGCGAUUCUCCAUCAAAUCUAACGGUCUAUACUCUUCGCUGCCAUACGCCAUGAUGUGGCUCUUUUCACUGGGUUCAGGCUUCGUUGGUGAUGUGUUGAUUACACGCAAGAUUAUGAGCAUCACGAACGUACGUAAAAUGAUGACUGGUUUAGCUGCCUUUGGUCCAGCGAUCUUUAUGGUUGCCGCUUCAUACGCUGGUUGUGAUCGUGUCACAGUCGUCAUACUUUUCACCAUUGCCAUGGGUCUCAUGGGCGCUUUCUAUGCGGGUAUGAAGCUGACACCACUUGACUUGAGCCCCAACUAUGCGGGUACAUUGAUGGCGAUCACCAAUGGUAUUGGUGCGGUUACGGGUGUGAUUUCGCCAUCCUUGGUGGGCUUGAUGACACCAAAUGCUACACUGCUCGAAUGGCGUCUCGUGUUCUGGGUUGCCUUCGGUGUUCUCGUCGUCACCGCCUUUGUCUAUGUUAUCUGGGCGUCGGGUGAAGUGCAGCAUUUCAACGAUCCACCACAAAAGAUUGAUUUCGAAGCUGCAGAGAAGGAGAAAACAGCUGAUGGCGCAAAUAACGAACGUUAUGAAGCGCAAGAGAAAACCGAUAAGCUGUGAAGACUGUAAAUAUUGUGCACGUGCGCUGCUGUCUAGCGUCAAGUGAUUUGUUGCUAGCCAAACGAAAACACGUGGAUGCCGAAAAGCUGCCUGCUCAUCUGUGGAUGAAAAGAAAGAAUUUAGAAACAAACAAAGAAAAACAAAAGCAGAUUCUAAAGUAUUUAUUGUAAUAAUAAUUUAAGCGGAAAAAAAACACAACCAAACAACAAGACAACGGAACUUAAAAUAAGGCAAAAACAAUUAGGGAAAUAUAUAUACAUGUGUGUGUACGUAUGUUAUUGAAAAUUACAAACAAAUAAUUAAUUGUUUUUCUUUUAUCGAACGAUACAAAUUCCUUGUUUUUGCUAAGUUGUUUAGUGUACACCCAAAGAUACAUUUAGCUAUAUGUGUAUGUAUGUAUAUGUAGUUGAUUAAAUAAUAUAAUCGUUAUUAAUUGUUUUGCAUAUUUUCCUUAUUUGAUUUAGUGAAUAAUGUAUGUAUUUAGUAACGGUAUUGCACUUAACGCUUGUAAACAAAAAAAACAGUACUGCGUUUCCCCUUGUGAUUGCACUUUACUCGCAUUGCGGCUAUUUUUUUUUAAUAUUUUGUUUUUUUAAUAUUUACUAAAAACAAAAAAGAAAAUUAUACGCAUUAAUGCACAUACGUAUGUAUGUAUAUUUACAUUUUAAUAAGCAAUAAAAGAGUGUACAAGAUCAAAAAAAUAAGGCCAAAAAAAUGGUUUUCCAUGUGCGUGCGCACUUAAGAUCCAUACUUAUGCUAUUGCAUAAAUGCACUGUCACAUGCAAAUAACAACAACUAAAAAAUUAAAAUAAAAAUAAAUUAAUAUUAAAAAAAA